AUGGCAGGCAAAAAGAAAGAACUUCACUUACAGGUUGCAAUUACCAAUCAGGAACAUUGGGAUGAGGUUAUGUCAGCUAAAGGCUUAACAGUUGUAGAUGUGUAUCAAGAUUGGUGUGGACCAUGCAAAGCAGUGCUGAGUCUGUUUAGAAAGCUUAAAACUGAAAUUGGGGAUGAGCUGCUGCAUUUUGCUGUGGCUGAAGCUAGCCAUUUUCAUACAUUGGAUCCCUUUAAUGGAAAGUGCGAACCUGUCUUCCUCUUUUAUUCUGGUGGUAAAGCAGUGGCUAUAGUGAAAGGGGUUAAUGGCCCACUUUUGCAAAAGACAAUCUUAGAACAUGUGCAAGAAGUAAAGAAGCAGCAAGAAGUGGGUGACAAAUGCAUUGAAGCACUGGUCCAGGAAAUUCCCCUCCUUGAGAACACAUUAGAAGUGCCACCAAAUGAAGAUGCUCAUGGACAAGAAGACAAGGAGGCAAAAGCAGAGCAGAGAGGACUAAAUGACAAAGAGGUUGUGGAUUUGUCAGAUGAUUCCUACACUGUUGCCAUUAUAAAGCCUGAUGCUGUGUCUCAGGGUAAAGUGGAUGAAAUCAAGAAUAAAAUUCAAGAGGCUGGAUUCAUUCUAGUCACCGAAGAACAGAGACACCUCACUGAAGAGCAAGCUAGAGAUUUCUGCCUUGAUCAGGCUGGGCAGUCAGAGUUUGAGGACCUAGUCAAAUUCAUAUCAAGUGGACUUUGUCAUGUGCUGAUAUUAUCCAGAGGAAUUGAAGCAGAUAAAGAUGUUCCUGCCUGGAAAGAAUUAAUUGAACACUCUGAUGUAGAAUUUAUGAAAGCACCCCCUAGUGGUCCUAUUCUGGCAUUAGCUUUAACACGAGAGGAUGCGGUGCAGCACUGUAGGAAUUUACUGGGCCCCAAAAAACUUGAAGAUGCAAAAGAGAAGGCUCCAGAAAGCCUGCGUGCAGAGUUUGCCCUAGAGAACAUCCCCAUUAACCAGCUUAAUGGCAGUUCUUCUCCUGAAGAAGCAAAGAAAGACCUAGAGUUUUUCUUUCCUGUUGAGCAGACUUUGGCUGUUAUUAAACCAGAUGCCUACAAAGAACACAAAGAUGAAAUACUGAGCAAUAUUAAGGAAGCUGGGUUUAGUAUAUCACAGAUGAAAGAGACUGUGUUAACAAAAGAGAUGGCUGAAGGAUUCUAUAAGGAUCACAGAGGGAAACCUUUUUUCGAUCAUCUAGUGCAAUACAUGUCUCAGGGCCCAUCGAUGAUGAUCAUUCUUAGCAAAGAGAAUGCAGUACAGGAGUGGAGGGACAUGAUGGGUCCUACCGAUCCAGAGCUGGCAAAGCAGUUCAAUCCUAACUCCCUUAGAGCUCAGUUUGCCAAGAGUAUUUUGGAAAAUGCCAUGCACGGCUCCUCUAAUGUUGAACAUGCCAAGAAGAAUAUUAAUUUGAUAUUUGAGAAUAUGAAUCUGGAAUGAUACAUGUUUUAGGUAUGUGCUUGUUAAAAUGAAAAUUGCCACUGACUUUCCCAGCAACAUCACCUACCAUAUGUUGAUACCUGGUUUGUUUAUGGGGUAGGUGUAUGCAGGCAACUGCAUAGGAACUUGUUAGACUUCUGUGAGAGUGCCUCUUUGUGAACCAGGAGACCAGAUGUUACUGCUGUUGAUGCUCACAAGCAUUUUUUAGACUUGUCAUUCAGAGAAAUAAAGUACAUUUUAUGAAAUAUAAUUUCUAUAGCAACUGAAUUCUUACUUUUUAAGCUUUGCACAAA